AUGCUCGCCAAGAAGGAGCUGCAGGACCGGGUCAAGGCCUACCCUGACUUCCCCAAGAAGGGCGUCAUGUUCUUCGACAUGAUGCCGCUCCUCGCCUCGCACGAGUGCCUCACCGCCUGCGUGGCCCACCUGGCCGAAUCGCUGGCAGGCGUGAAGGCCUCCUACGUGGUCGGGCUCGAGUCCAGAGGGUUCCUGCUGGGUGUGCCGCUGGCGAUGAAACUAGGGAUGGGGUUCAUACCUCUCAGGAAAAAGGGGAAGCUGCCGGGCAAGGUCAUCAGUGUGGAAUACGAGCUGGAGUACGGUAAGGACUGCAUCGAGAUGCAGGAGGGCGUGCUCAAAUAG